AUGGAUUUCGUGGUUGGACUACCUGUUUCGAGGACUUUCGAUGCUAUCUGGGUGAUUGUGGAUCGGUUGACUAAGUCUGCACAUUUCUUGGCCAUCAAGAAGACAGAUGGAGCUGCUGUCUUGGCUAGGAAGUUUGUGCGAGAGAUUGUGAGGCUGCAUGGAGUGCCAGCUAGUAUUGUGUCAGACCGUGAUCCCAGAUUCACUUCAGAGUUUUGGAGGGCGUUUCAGGCAGAGAUGGGCACUAAGGUGCAUCUGAGUACAGCUUAUCAUCCGCAGACAGAUGGUCAGUCAGAGAGGACUAUUCAGACUUUGGAGGAUUUGCUGAGGAUGUGUGUGUUGGAUUGGGGUGGCCAUUGGGCAGAUCACCUAAGCUUAGUUGAGUUUGCAUACAACAACAGCUUUCAGGCGAGUAUUGGCAUGGCUCCAUUUGAGGCUUUGUAUGGGAGGCCAUGUAGGACACCCCUAUGCUGGACCCAAGUGGGGGAGCGCAGCAUGUAUGGAGCUACUUAUGUUCAGGAGACGACAGAGAAGGUUCGUGUUGUGAGGCUGAACAUGAAGGAGGCUCAGGAUAGGCAGAAGAGUUAUGCAGAUAGACGCAGACGAGAGCUUGAGUUUCAGGUUGGAGAUAGAGUUUAUCUCAAGAUGGCUAUGUUGAGGGGUCCUAACAGAUCCAUAGCAGAGAACAAGCUGAGUCCGCGAUUUAUGGGUCCGUUUCCAGUAGUGGAGCGAGUUGGGCCAUUAGCUUACAGGCUGGAGUUGCCUGAGAUUAUGAAAGCCUUUCACAAGGUUUUUCAUGUGUCGAUGCUGAGGAAGUGUCUUCAUCCUACAGAGGAGUUAGUGGCUAGGAUUCCAGAGGAUCUUCAGCCAGAUUUGACAGUGCCGGCAGUGCCUAUGAGGAUUUUAGAGAGGAGGGAAAAGGUUCUGAGGAACAAGAGGAUUCCCUUACUGAGGAUUUUGUGGGAUUGCAGUGGUUCUACAGAGGAGACUUGGGAGCCAGAGGCAAAGAUGAAGUUGAAGUUCAGGAAGUGGUUCGACAAGCAGGUCGAGGAGUGA